AUGAUGUUUCGCGUCUCGCUGCUGACACUCGCGUCGUACCUGACAGUGGCCAUGGUGCUGCCUACCGCCUUGCUGCUGCUGGCUCUACAGCGCAGCCACUGCUGCCGCAAGUUGUUCGCCAAUUGGGUCUUCUACCCACUGCUCAACCCGCUCAUCAGGCACGCCUUCGAGGGCAUCCGGAGGGAGAUCCUGUACGAGCUGAACGACCUCGUCUCGCAUGACCCCGAGCUGCGGCGAGAGGACGCCAUCCGCGUGCUCGAAGUCAACGUCGGGUCGGGACGAAACUUCGACCACAUAUUCAGGAACAUCAGGUACGUGGCAGUAGACCGGACCUCGACGGCCCGGUCCACGUUCCUUCGGCGCCAGAGCCAGUACGAGCACAUCGUACUGGAGCAGUGGCUGCUGACCAGCGGCGAGGACCUGGCCCAAGUGCCGGACAACCACGUGGACGCGGUCAUCGCCACGCACGUGCUCUGCAGCGUCAACGACGUCCGCAAGCUGGUCAGCGAGUGCCGAAGAGUCCUUGCUCCGGGCGGCAAGCUGCUCUUCAUGGAGCACGUGGCCUGUCCGCGGGAUUCGUGGAUCUACCAGCUGCAGCUGUUCCUGGACCCGCUGUGGCAGCUGCUCACGUGCGGCUGCCACCUGGGUCGCGACACGAGCGCCGCCAUCAUCGAGGCAGGCUUCCGCGAGGUGUGCCUCAAGGAGGUCUACCUGCCCAUCCUGGCGCUGAUUAGCCGGCAGGUCUACGGAGUGGCCACCAAGUCGGGCGCGCCGGGCUCCGUGUACCGGAUGAACCGGCGCACGCCACCGCCGCUGCUCGCCAGGCCCGCCAGAACCGCUCAGUCGAAGUCUGCCGUGUCCGAGGAGUUGCCUUCGGCAGGCCCGGAGGCGGGACCGCUGGCUGCUACAGUCCCAUCGACAGCGUAG